AUGUGGCUGCAGAACCUGCUUCUCCUGGGCACUGUGGUCUGCAGCUUCUCCGCACCCACUCGCCCACCCAGCACUGUCACCCGGCCCUGGCAGCAUGUGGAUGCCAUCAAGGAGGCCCUGAGCCUUCUGAACCAGAGCAGUGAACCUGAUGCUGGGAUGAAUGAAACAGAAGUCGUCUCUGAAAUGUUUGACGCCCAGGAGCCAACGUGCCUGCAGACUCGCCUGAAGCUGUACAAGAAGGGCCUGCAGGGCAGCCUCACUAGUCUCAUGGGCUCCUUGACCAUGAUGGCCACCCACUACGAGAAACACUGCCCACCCACCCCGGAAACUUCCUGUGGAACCCAGUUUAUCACCUUCAAAAGUUUCAAAGAGGACCUGAAGGAGUUCCUUUUUAUCAUUCCCUUUGACUGCUGGGAACCAGUCCAGAAGUGA